CACGUUUCAGUACUUAAUAUUUUCACUUUCUGAUUCAAAUCUGUCCAAAUUGAACAAGUUAAACCACUAAUAGAACUUUCACGCACAAAUGUCAAGCUAUUAUUACUUGUAAGGUUCGGGGCUCAUCCAACAAGGUUAGGGGGCUCCGUCUCUAAUGGAAUCAGCAUGCAUGCCACGCGCCGCGCCUACUUACCAUGAGCGAUGCGGAACACAGGUCACAUGAGGAAUUUAAUUGUGUUCCAUUAUCAUAUUUAACUUCUUUUACGGUAAGUCAAAAGUGAAAACGGAAUGGGUGGCAGCGCUCAUCGUCAUUCGUCACCGGCGAUCGAUGGAGGCAACGUCUUUCGGAAGGAUACUUAGAAAUUUAAAUCCUCAGAAUGGAAUUGUCCGCGCGCUGCGUAGCAGUAUUGUUGCUCUGCGUGUGUGUUUCUGCGAUAGUCGGCCCGGCUGGAAAUGGCACUAAAGCCAUUAAAACUGACACCUACUUGGAUGCUUACUCCAAAUCGCGGAUCGAAGCUGAAAAGGCUAAAAAAGGAGUCAUUAUAGUUACUGCUAAGGACGGAGAAAAAAAGAUUUCCAAUCGUGAUGACAGUUUUUCCGGUUAUGAUUAUUCCCCAUCAUACACAGAUAGCAGCUUUAGCUCUUCAAGCUCUGGCUUUUCAGGUCCUCCUUCUAAUAACUAUCUACCGUCAAACCCCGUUAAGUUCGAGUCGGAGAUCACCUAUAACGCCCCAACGAAUAACUACGGACCUCCGCCGCAGAAGUAUGGUCCUCCGGCAAAUAGUUACGGACCGCCAGCGCAGACGUAUGGACCUCCCGCGCAGUCGUACGGACCGCCCGCGGCCGCGUACGGACCUCCAAAACCUGUAUACGGGCCCCCUCCACAACCUACGUGGCCCGGCAUGCCUUACACAGCGCCCGGCCUGGGAUUUCUCGACAAAUUGUCUUUGAAACUGGAUAUUUUAACGAUUGCAAAGCUGCUGCUGAAGUUGCUGAUCUUUAAGAAGAUUGUGACGAUGAUCGCCGUUGUGUGUAUGCUGCUCGUGAUUCCGAAGCUGAUUUCGUUCAAGAAAGAUAGUGGUGCCAGCAACGAUGAAGACGAGAGGACCUUUGGAAAUAGCAAUUUCGUACAACUGACGUCAGCACAGCAGCUGUUGGAACGCGCGAUAUCCGUAUACGGUCGGCAGGAGCCCGGCUGCGGCGUUGUAUGCCGGCUCCGGAGGGUGGUGGACGACAUCUACGAGUUCCAACCUUAUGUCAGGCACAGCUAGUGAGGGUCCAGUACCUAGGUAAGAAUUAAUAUUAGGUGCCAUGCAAUUAAACAAGUAAAGUCAUAAAUUAUUGUAUUAGAAUAAGUAUUUAUUUGGAAUAUGUUAGUCAAUUAAAUAAAUAAAUUUGUAUAUAGUUGUA